AUGGCUUUCGAAGGCGAGGUUUCUGACGAGUACUUCACGUACGAGGGUCGCCUGGGCUCCUUUCACCAAGCCUAUCCCGCUCCAAAACGACGCACAUCCGGUGCGACAAAGGGCCCCAAGAACCUGACCUGGCCGCAUGCGAAAUACCUUUUGGCUGAGGACCUUGCAAGAGCAGGUUUCGUGUGGCUCCCGUUCCCCGAUAACCCAGACAAUGUCGCCUGUUUCCUGUGCAACAAGUCUCUAGACGGUUGGGAGGAGGGCGACAAACCGCUUGAGGAGCAUAUUAAGCAUUCUCCCAACUGUGGUUGGGCCAUUGUUGCAGGCAUUGAGGCCAACAUUGGAGACAUGGCAACAGAAGACCCCUCAAGUACUCGUAUGGUCGCUGCCAGGAAGGCAACUUUUGGUGGACGGUGGCCUCAUGAGGGAAAGAGGGGCUGGAAAUGCAAGACCAAACAGCUCGCCGAGGCAGGGUGGAAGUACACUCCUUCCCUUGAGUAUAAUGAUAUGGCGACCUGCACCUACUGCGACCUUGCAUUGGACGGAUGGGAGCAGGGCGACAAGCCCAUGGACGAACACUACAACAGAUCACCAGACUGCCCAUACUUCGCCCUCGUGGACCAGUACAGCGCAACUAAGAAGACCAAGGGCAAGGCAGCUCGAGGCUCCAAGACAACGGCAAGGUUAUCUGUUCAAUCCGUAGCCACGGCGGCAUCAGACAUCACCGACCUUCCCGCAGAGCACGACGACAGCGUACUUACAACAGCAUCGAUGGCCACCAAGAAGGGCACUCGUGCCAAGAAGGCUACAACAACCGCCAAGACCAGAAAGACCAAGGCUAAGAAGGACGAGCCUGUCGAGGUUGUAGAGAGCGAGCCUAUGGAAGCCGAGGAAAUGCCACCCCCGCCCCCGAAACCCGCACGAGGCCGCAAGCGGACCAGUGACGACAUAGAUGAUUCUGCCCUCACCGUCUCUGAGGCGCCUGCUCCAAAGAAGCGUGCACCCCGUGGUCGCGCAAAGGCAACCCCCGAUAACUCUGUCAUCGAACAAUCACAGCAAGAUAUUAGCAUCAUUGAUGCUCCAUUGCCAGCAAAGGCUCCCAAGGGCCGCAAGACUGCCCGUGCUUCCGGCACCAAAGGAACAAGAAAGGCUUCAGGGACAUCGCAGAGGUCAACGGCCUCAACCGCAUCCCUGCGCGCUGCACCUGAUGCUUUCCCAGAGGACGAUGACGCGAUUGAGCGUCAGCUUGAGGCAGAUUUGGAACGCCCAUUGACGGAUGACGAAGACAUCAUGCAAGACUCUGAUUCUGAAAGGAAAAAGGUCCCUGUAUCUGGGUCCAAGGCCAAGAAGAGCCGCGUUCGCAUCGACGCCGCUGCUAGCCCUGAGCCGACAGAGAGCCAGAUGUUCGAUGUCGAGCCAUAUGUUGCUGACGAGGAGGUUGUUGAUGAGGAGCUGAAGCAACUCGAAGCUGAGAUGACUAUUGACGAGCCGGAGGUGCUUGAAGUUCCGAAGAAGGCCUCCAAGGCUGGUGGCACCCGAAAAGUGUCGAAGCAGACGAAAGCUCCAAAGACUAAAGCCGCAAAGGCCCCCGUCAAAGAAGAAGUCGUGUCUGUACCAGCUGAGCCGACUGCGCCAGUUGAUCAAGAGCAGCCGCACGAGGGUGUCGAAAUGGAAGAGGACGAGAUCAGCACUGCAACUGUUAUCACAAAAACCACAAAAAGCGCCCGUACAAGCACUGGUAAGAAGCGCGGCCGCCCUUCCAAGAAGUCACUGGAGGCUCGUGCUUCUUUGGAAGCCAGCAAGGUUGAUGAUGUCGAUAUGAUCGAGCCUGAAAAGUCUGUCGCGGAGCCGGAACCCGAAGAGGGGCUUAAGCCUGAGCCUUUGCCUGAGCUUGAAGCUGAAGCUGAACGUGAACCUGAAGUUGAAACUGAUGUCGAGGCUGAGGAGCCCGUAGAGUCUCAACAGGCUGAAGAGGAUUCUGAGAUGGAAGAAGAUGAGGUAGACGAGAUCUCGGUGCGAGAGGAGUUCACCUCAGCAAGGCAAACACCAGCACCAAUCGAGGCAGAAUCCGAACCCGAGGAGGCGCCUGAAGAGGUUGGCGAGGAGGAUGAAGAAGAAGAAGAGGAGGAGGAGGAGGAAGCCGAACCGGAAGACGACACAGAGCCUGAACCAGAGCCAGAGUCGGAAGCGCCUGAACCAACACCUCAACCGAAGAAGAAGAAGAGCAUCCCAGCGGCGCCCUUGUCACCUGCGGUUGCAUCGUCUGCACGACGUAGUCUACGACAGUCAGGAAAUACUCCUCGUAUUUCACCAGCCCAAUCGGCUCGUCAAGCAGCGGUCUCGCCUUCGCCAUCACCCCAGUCUUCGGAUGCAGAGAACCAACCCCCUUCAGCAAGGACAGCAACGGCGAAGAAGCGGGUGACACAUGCACCAGUCUCCUCUACACCAGCAAAACCGAACUCCCCAUCUAAGCGCAAGGCCCUGGCUAGUCUCCAAAGCACAACGCCCUGGAACCCGGUGGACAUUGACCUCGUCUUUGGCUCACCCGCAAAGUCGGAGAAGAGGAACCCGGUCGACCGACUGCUUCACAAGGGAACAGAGCUCACUAGUCCCGAGAAGCGGAUGACGGUCGAGGAAUGGAUCUACUUCAACGCGAACCAGGCCGAGGAGAAGCUGCGUCAGGAAUGCGAGACCAUGGUCAGCAAGUUUGAGAGCGAGGGCAGCAAGGCCAUGAAUGUUUUGGAAGGGCUGAUUGCGGAGUAG